UGCACAUUUCCCGCGUGGAUCUCCGCGUGUGAACUUUAUUACAAGACGGUCGGAUGCAGUGAGCGCGUUUGACGCAAAGUUGACCCAAAAGAGCGGGAUUCGGUGCGCAGCAUUGGGGUCAUGGACUAUGGAUGCUCUAAGUCUGACCGUCAACGCCGUGUCCUACACUGUGGUGGCCGAGCCGAGCCCGACUGACGACCCGUUCACCGGACCCAUCCAGAACAUCGCGCCAUGGAACUUCACCAUCUUGGCCGUGCUCAUGUUUGUGGUCAGCUCGCUGUCGCUUAGCGAGAACUUCCUGGUCAUGUUUGUCACGUACAAGUUUAAACAACUCAGACAGCCGCUCAACUACGUCAUCGUCAACUUGGCCAUCGCCGACUUCCUGGUUUCCCUCACCGGUGGACUCAUAAGUUUCCUGACGAACGCCAGAGGUUAUUUCUUCCUGGGCCGCUGGGCAUGUGUGGCGGAAGGCUUUGCGGUCACUUUUUUCGGAAUCGUGGCCCUAUGGUCUCUGGCCAUUCUAUCUUUCGAACGAUUCUUUGUGAUCUGCCGACCUCUGGGCAACAUCCGACUGCAAGCCAAACACGCCAUAAUGGGUCUACUCUUCGUCUGGACCUUUUCCUUCAUUUGGACCUUCCCUCCGGUGCUGGGCUGGAACAGAUACACUGUCAGCAAGAUUGGAACAACCUGUGAGCCUGACUGGUAUUCAACCAACUCCGCUGGUCAUAGCUACAUCAUCACUUUCUUCACUACCUGUUUUAUUCUGCCUCUUGGAUUGAUCUUCUUCUGCUAUGGGAAGGUCCUGCAAAAACUCCGAAAGGUGUCCCAUGGCCGUCUGGCCACUGCCAGGAAGCCUGAGCGUCAGGUGACCCGUAUGGUAGUAGUGAUGAUUAUUGCAUUCAUGGUGGCAUGGACACCAUAUGCAGUCUUCGCCAUAUUGGUCACUGCCCAUCCCACCAUUGAGUUGGAUGCCAGGUUGGCUUCCAUCCCGGCAUUCUUCUCCAAGACCGCUGCGGUAUACAACCCAAUCAUCUACGUGUUCAUGAACAAACAGUUCAGGAAGUGCUUCAUUCAGCUCUUCACCGGUUCGCUGAACAUGGCAGACAUGAACCAGACGUCAGGGCGACCUGGAACUACUGCAGAGAGUCAAACGGGAGAAAUGGCUACCAUUGCGGCCCGCUUCCCUGUGGGCGGCUCAGUAUCGCCAAGGUCUGAAGAGUCUCCGACUGAUUGCAGCUCCAUUGGCCAACUGCCCAUCCCAGAGAACAAAGUGUGUCCCAUGUAACAGCGGACGUACACACAGCAGGUCUACGCCGACAUUUUUUAUUUUGCACUGAUUUGUUUUAAUUGUUGGAGAGGAUGAAAUUACUAAAUGUUUUUGCAUGGAGCUCUUACUUUUGUAUUUCAUUUGCAGUUGUUGAGGAAAGAAAAGUUCAGAAAUGGAAUGAAGCUCUUUGUUCAGUCACAUUGCAGUAGUGUGCUCAAUAUUUUAUUUAAAUGAGCCCAAAAGAUAACAGCGUGCAUUCAGAAAUGCUCAUUAGACUCUUUGUAAGCAAGCUUGAUUUACACUUGUUUGUAUUGCUGGUGACUAUCUGUGGUGUACUUUCAAGCAUGCAUGUGUAGGGCACAUAGACCAGCCUUGCACCUUGAUCCCUCGUCUACACAUCCUCACUGAUUUAGAGUUGAGUAGCGCUAGCCAGCAAGCUAAGAGCAUCUGUUAACGCGUUGGGGAGUGAGGUUUACAAAACGUACUAUCGCACAGCCACACUAGCUGGCAUCUAUUACACUUGCACACCUAGUGUGGCACAAAAUACGACUGGCACUUUAUUAGACCUGAUAGCACCAACCUACAUAUAAAGACAUUUCCCAAAUCCCGGCUAGCCUGUACUUUACAAAUACCACAUUGCAGCCUUUCAUCUCCUUCGAUGCCUUCGUAUUUGGAGCCCUGAGAGGAAGCCUGCAGAGAACGCAUUGUUUUUCUAUGCUGUUUCAGUGCUUUACUUUGGCAUUCUUCAUUCAUCUCCACCCGUCAAAGAGUCAAAGCCCCUUUUCUGAAUUUGGAUACUUUUAUUUGAGUUCAUACUGUGUAGACUAGCGAAGGGCACUGCUUUCAUCCUUACUGGUGAUGGUCAACGGCAGUUGUCCCAAUUGCCUCGACUGCUGGGUGAUGUAUUCAGGCAGUGAAAACUUGAGAUCAACAAACAUAAAGAUGCACACAAUAAACACCCUUCUACACUAUAUGGACAAUACAUUGAGACAUCUGUUGAGUAAUUAGUCUAUAAUCAAGAAUUGAGGAUCAGUAUCUCUAAAUUAGAAUUUUCUUUAGAAGGUUUAGUUCUUGCAGACCUGUCAACAAGUACACAUUUUGACUCUUCACUGCUCUCCAAGUGGUUAUGUUUUGACAACUUCUCAUUUGAGCUGAGUCUAUGAAUCUUAGAUCAUAAUCCUACAUCGAGCCACCAGCGUACGUUAUGACAUGCACCUUCAUAAAAAUGUAACCUCACGAUGCAGACCGUACAGGCUGUGAUUGUUUGGCUUUCUUACAUGAAUUCCUGGGUGGAUACGACACCUCUGAGAGCACCUUUUCCUACGAUUUCUGCAAUAAAAGUGACUGUGAAUAGCACAUCGAUUAGUUCCAGCUGACACUCCCCCUUUACUAUUUUUCGCUUGCGACAAAGCUAAAAAUCUAAGUAGCUUUGUGGUUGCUCACAAAUGUAAUGUCACGUCACGUCACGCAUUCAACCCCAAUAAAGAGCCAUAAAAGCAACGGUGGCCUGGGGGCUAUUUGCAGCCUGCUGCACAUUGUAGAGUUAAGUUACACUAGGACUGUCUUCAAAGUGUCUAAGAUUCCAUUUGGAGUCCAA